AUGUAUUGGGUAGGUAGGUAUAAUUACGAGCAUAUAUUAGUAUUGAGGAAUCGGGCAUAUCCUAUAAUUUAUUAUAUUUUGAUACAGGAAUAUAUUGUAUCAGAGUUAAGUACCUGUGUGUUGUAGUGUACACAAAUGGUGUUAAUUAUAUUCAAGAAUUCGACGGCAGCACCAACCAAAAGCAAACGUUCGGACCGGUAAAACAACGGUUAGUGAAACAUUGCUUUCGUAGUAAGUAGUAAUUAAUAUUCCCCGAGGCGGUAUUAAACUUGUACAGUAAGACGCAUGAUAUUAUCAGUGCAUGUCAUAGGGAGAGGGGACAAUAAACUAUUUACGACCGGACGUGCCGUAAUCAUUCCGAAUUUGCGAACGUCGGAUGGGUUCGUGUGGGACGGUCGUCCGAUUAUUGUACUUACACGUUGUGAAGACGGCCGUCGGGAAACUUUCCACUUAUUAUUCUCGAUGGUCGAUUUUGACGCUGAUAACCAGUGAUACAACGGUUUCGAUACAGGUAUUGCGAUAUUCAACACGAAGCGAUGAUACCUGUUGCAAACAACGAAACGGACAAACAAUGGAAAGUGCUGCUUAUUGAUCGCACAUCACAGUGGCACUGGCUGACGGGCGGCGCUGGCGAACGGCGCGGCGGUGGCAGUGACGAAGGACGCGAACGGCGAAUGGCGGGGAGGCGCGAGGUUGCGGAACGGUGACGGCAUCGAGGAGCGAACGGCAGUCCCGCGAUACCGUGAACGGCGUGAACCGUGAUCGCCCGCCGUGUGGUAGGAGUGUCCGGUCGUUCGCCGCCGCAUUACGUCACUACCGCCUUUUACGACGACGAAAACUACGCGUUACGUUAUCGUAUACCGUAUAGUGUACAUCGUUACCAUUGUUUCCGGUGUUUUUGCAUAAAUAAUUCAAUUGCAACCGUAACAGUGGGUGGUAUACGUUCGCGAGCGGACCUUUUUACCGUAAACACGAUUGCGAACGUCUUUACCUGCCUUUUUUCGUGCGGCGUUGCCAGAUUUGUGGUUUGUUAACUAUAUUUAAUAUAUUAUUUGUCUACAUUUUAAAUUUUCGGAACAAAUUUAGUUGAGCGCCCACGCGAAUUUUUGAGUUUUUUUUUUUUUCAAAAUGUGUGCUUUUACGCGUACAUUAAGAAUGUGAAAAAAAGACGAACGAACUUCGUUUUAAAGUUACGAGGGAAAAACGUCAUAAAGUUCGGGUUUUCCGUUUUGCGUAUUUCUUAGUUAGAAUUUAACAUUUUCAAAUUUUUAAUCCAUUGGCAUAAUCGAAACUUAAUCUAUCAUAGUUACUGUUUUAGUUAUUGUUCAUAAAUCUUUGAAAAUAGCAUUUUUGUAAUUAAUCCAAAAUGUGGUCAAAAAUAGACUUUUUAUUAUUAUUUGUAGUUAUUGAUAUUUUGAUAAAAAAGUUUAUUUAUUGAAGUCAGAAUAAGGCAUAUAUGGCUUAGGUUUAGAGUUACAAAUGUUCAAACGCGCCGUGUUUCGCUGCGCUCGCUGGAACGAUUUUAGUUGAAAAUAAUAUAAAAAGAGUCUAUUUUUGACCACAUUUUGGAUUAAUUCCAAAAAUGCUAUUUUCAAAAAUUUAUGUACAAUAACUAAAAGUGUAAGUAUGAUAAUUAAGUUUCAAUUAUGCAAAUGGAUUAAACAUUUAAAAACACAGAUUUUGAAAAAAAAAAAAAAAAAUUGAAAACGUUAAAUUCUAACUAAGAAAUACGCAAAACAGAAAACCCGAACUUUAUGAAGUUUUUCCCUCGUAACUUUAAAACGAAGUUCGUCUACCUUUUUUAAGAAAAUUCUUAAUGUACUCAUAAAACCAUACAUUUCGAAAAAAAAACUUAAAAAUUCGCGUGGGCGCUAAAUCAAAUCAUCUUUGCGUUCCUUAUUUUCUAUGAUGGUAUCGAUAGUAUCUUUUUUACAUCCGAAAAUCUGAUGGCAUCAAAGAUGGUUUUAUCACUCAACAUGUUUCCGAGUCUGUUAAUGAGAUGUGGUGGUCUAUAUGUGUUUGUUAUCAUCUCAUUUUUUUCAUGGCGACUUUUUUUUUUGUCAACUGUUAGAAUGUUCAGUAUGUAAGCAACAAUAAACCAUUGCUAACAAAAAACAAUUCUGAGUGGAAUUAAGUUGAUAGUGAUGCUUUGUCAACAAUAUAGAUGUCAUACUAUGGUAAAAUAAUUAAAUAGGCAUUAUAUAUUUUUUUUAAUAAUAUUUAUUUAAUAACAGAAGAUUGAAAUGUAUCCAGGCCACUUAAUAAAAUAUUUACCAAUAAAAUUAGUUAAAUAAUUAUAUUAUUACAUUUAGCUUUUAAUAAAUAGUUAAAAAUAAUUUCAAGCUCUAUUUUGUUUAACUAGAUAAUUCAACUUUAGUUGCAAUAAUAAAACUUAGAAAUAAAUCAGUUAAUUAGUUAAUUAAAUAAGUAGUUAAAAUCAAUGUGAUAUUCACAUUAAAUGAUUUAAUUAAUGAAUUUUAAGCCCUGAAUGAUGUUAAUUUGACUAUGAUAAUAUAUACCUAUGUCAUACAUUUCUGUAAAAUAGUUUUCACUUUUCAUCAACUUUAACAGUGGUUUCAAGUAAAAAAUUUUGUUUUAUUAAUGCAAAAAGAGGGUCAUUUUUUUUAUUUACCUAACUUUUUUUAAUAAUGUGGGAAAACCGAAAAUAGAAAGUCAACAUAUUUUAUGAUAAUAAUUUUUAUUUUAUAAAUUAUCUCAUUUUGGUUUAAAUUUACAAAAGAAUCAGUUGAUAAUCCACUUGUAUAUAAAUUUAAUUAUUAUGGAGAUGAUAAAGAUUGGUAAGUCAAUCAAUAAAUUGUUAGUACUUAAAUUUUUAACACUGUUAAUCUUAAUAUUGUACAUAUGCUUUUAAUAAAAGUAUUUAAUAAAUAAUAAAAUUAAAAAAACAAAAUUAUUUAAUAUAACCAUGAAAUUAAUGAAUACUAAUAUGAAUAUCUACUUCAAUAAAACUCGUAAGAAAUUGAAAGUCGUUCCAGAAUACAUGAAUAUACAUAUCAAAUGUACAUCUAAAGUUGCAAUCAAAGCCAAGAAAGGAGUAGAGACAAUAUGGUUGAACUCUGAAAUUAAAUUUUUAUUCAGCAAAAAUCACAUAAUUGUAGGAAAGAUUAUUAAUUUAGAAAAAAUUUUAUCUCAAAAUUUAAACCACUUAUGCGGUCCUCACACGAUCAAUAUUACUGACACUAUUAUUGAUCGUGUAAUGUGAGUACUGAUGUACUGUCAGUAUGGAAAAACGAUACUGAUGACUGAUGAAAAUUUCGGAUAUCGAGUCGUCAGUAUUAACAUUGCAGCGAUGAAUGACUUAAGUGAAAUCACAAGCCCCGAAUGUCGUGAUCGAUCCAUUUUGACUAAUCGUUUAUACAGUUUCAUGAUAAAUAAAAAAAUAACAACCUAAUAAAAUAGUUUUAUUUUUACUUAUUUUGAUAAAGUUAUUUACAUUUCUUAAAAAUAAAACUUUUAAAAUUAUCAAAUAAUUAAAUGUAUUAGUAAAACAUUAAAAAAAUAUUAUUUUUUAUGUAACUCUUCAAUUUAUAUUUAAGAUACCAAACAAUGAAUCUGGUGAAGUAAUUCAACAUACAGAAAAUGCAGUUCCUACUUUUAUUCGGCAGUCACCAAAAAAAUCCAAAUCUACUAUCAGUCAACAAAAUGAAUUUCUUUCACUUGCUUGUAAUUAUUUAUCAAAUGAAGAAAAUAGACAAGAUUCAGACUUAGAUCAACUUUAA